CGGAGAUAUUGGCUGUGGUCCAGAGCGUCCCAGCUCUCUCAAGCUAAGCCAAAAAUAGAAGCUGCCAGUCACUACAGCAAAGUGUUAGGAUAGGGCAGAAAUAGAAAUCCCUUUAUGGAGGCAUGGGGAACCAAUCCUGCAGCUUGGAUGACACAUUAUGGAGGAGGGGCUCGCUUGGGCAGGGUAAAAAGAUGAAGUUUCCCAUGGCGUCUUUUCUCCCCUUCCUUCCAUCACCUUUUCCCAUUUUUUCCCUUUUCUAUAUACCCUCCCCCUUGGACCUCCUUUCACCCUCCCCAGAGCAUCUUGUGGCUCCGCCCCUUCAUCAAACUCAAUUCGUGCUCACUCCUUUGCCCCGCCCGCCGCCGCGGCCGCCACGCCCGCCCCGUUGCUGCCAUGGUAACCAUACGCGCACUUCGCUGACUAACGGAAUCGUCGUAAUCGUUGGUACGGACCUGCGGCCCCCCACAUCACCCGGACCACAGCACGUACUAUUCUCCGGGGCGCAACGUUUAGAUUUGUGAAAAAAAGAUGAAUUUGGCUGAGAUUUGUGACAAUGCAAAGAAAGGAAGAGAAUAUGCGCUUCUUGGAAAUUAUGAUUCUUCAAUGGUAUAUUAUCAGGGGGUAAUACAGCAGAUUCAGAGACAUUGUCAGUCAGUCAGAGACCCAGCUGUCAAAGGCAAAUGGCAACAGGUUCGACAGGAAUUGCUAGAAGAAUAUGAACAAGUUAAGAGUAUUGUCAAUACCUUAGAAAGUUUUAAGAUAGACAAGCCCCCAGAUUUUCCUGUAUCAUACCAAGAUGAACCAUUCCGAGAUCCUGCGGUUUGGCCUCCUCCUGUUCCAGCAGAACACAGGGCUCCACCUCAGAUAAGGCGCUCAAAUCGAGAAGUGAGACCCCUGAGGAAAGAAAUACCAGGAGUAGGGCCUCGGGGACCUGUAGGCAGAGCACACCCUAUAUCAAAGAGCGAAAAACCCAUCUCCAGUAGAGACAAGGAUUUUAGAGCAAGAGGGAGAGAUGACAAGGGAAGGAAGAAUCUGCCAGAUGGUGCAGGUGAUGGGGAAAUUCAAAAGUUUGAUGGUGCUGGAUAUGAUAAAGAUCUAGUUGAAGCUCUUGAAAGGGACAUAGUAUCCAGAAAUCCUAGCAUUCAUUGGGAUGAUAUAGCAGAUUUAGAAGAAGCAAAAAAAUUACUAAGGGAGGCUGUUGUUCUUCCAAUGUGGAUGCCUGAUUUUUUCAAAGGGAUUAGACGGCCGUGGAAGGGUGUAUUGAUGGUUGGACCCCCCGGUACUGGUAAAACGAUGCUCGCAAAAGCAGUUGCCACUGAAUGUGGCACGACAUUCUUCAAUGUUUCCUCCUCUACUCUGACAUCUAAAUACAGGGGCGAAUCUGAGAAGUUAGUUCGCUUGUUGUUUGAAAUGGCUAGAUUUUAUGCGCCUACAACAAUUUUCAUUGAUGAGAUUGAUUCCAUCUGUAGCCGCAGAGGCACUUCUGAUGAACACGAGGCAAGUCGAAGAGUCAAAUCUGAACUACUCAUUCAGAUGGAUGGAGUUGGAGGAGCUCUAGAAAAUGAUGAUCCUUCUAAAAUGGUUAUGGUGUUGGCUGCCACUAAUUUCCCAUGGGACAUUGAUGAAGCUUUGCGAAGGAGAUUAGAGAAAAGAAUUUAUAUACCUUUACCAACAGCAAAAGGUAGAGCAGAGCUCCUUAAGAUCAAUCUUCGUGAAGUUGAAUUAGAUCCUGACAUUCAAUUAGAAGAGAUAGCAGAGAAGAUUGAAGGCUAUUCUGGUGCUGAUAUAACAAACGUUUGCAGGGAUGCUUCUUUAAUGGCUAUGAGACGGCGCAUCCAUGGCUUAAGCCCAGAAGAAAUCCGAGCCCUUUCUAAGGAAGAGCUGCAGAUGCCUGUUACAAAAGGGGAUUUUGAGUUGGCACUGAAGAAAAUCUCUAAGUCUGUGUCUGCUGCAGACCUAGAGAAGUAUGAAAAGUGGAUGGUUGAAUUUGGAUCUGCUUAAUUUUAAUGUUGUUUUCUCUUUGUUAUAUUGAGGCUUAUAUUUUGUUUGUAAAAUGCAAAAGAAAUUAUUAGAAAUCUUUUAAAAGAUUUGAAUUUUUCAUAGGGGAGAUUUCUUCCUUCAACAUCUUUUCAUUCAAAGGCAAGAAACACAAACUGUGAAGAAUAGAAGAUGUAUUUGAGGUCAAAGAAAUUUUUCUCUGGAGAAAGUGAGAUUCACUGUGGCAUAGUCAGGUCUUGGGCAGAUAUUCCCAGCUUUUCCUUGGCUAUCAGAUAUCUGGUCUGCAAGUCAAGGAGGUUGAAUCAGUGAAAGGAACUAACAAAGUUUUCUGUCUUCUUUUAGAAGAAAACUGUUUAUACUUAAUGUAGAGGGAAUUGUCUUCUAAUCCAUUUCUCUAUGCCUCAUAGAACUGCCUAAGUUCUCUUUACUACAUUAAAAGUACAUCAGGAACUAAUCUAAUAAGUUAACUUUUGAAAUCAGAAAUUGGUUUGCAUCAAGGUAGGAAAUCUAUGUUUUGUUGCUGAAAGAAGUUUCUGAGUCAAUUUUUGUUGGAAGUAGUGAGUUUGACGAGUAAAUCUCCAUUUCCGUUUUCUCAAAGCUUGUAAGUACCAGAGUAUAUAGCUUUGUGGUUGUCCUUGCCUGAACAACUUAUCCAUUUUUUAGGUCUCUUUUAGGUCUUUAGUUAGAAAUAUCUUUCCAUACCUUGGUCCUUGAAUCAUCAAAUCAAGAGUACAAUUUCAUAUUCCUACUUUUUUUGCUUAUCAAAUUGAAUAUGGAAAGGGUAUGAAGGAAAUUUUGUGUUCUCCAAACAAAAUGUGCAAAUUUUCUUAAUAUCUAGAUUUAUUUUCAUUUUCAUUCUUUUCACUAUAUUUAGACAAAUGGAUCCUUUAUUUUCCUCACUCUUACCUGUUUCAAUUCUGAUGUUAGAUUUUAUUGGUAAGCUAAACUAUUCCAUCAUUUUCGUGAAUUGUCUACACACAUUUGUUGCUAAAUCAAAAGUAAUACCUACCUCAAAGGAUUCUUGUACUUUGUUAAGGCUUAAUGCUCUAUAUAAAUGUGAGUUGUUUUUUUUUUUUUUUUUUUUUGGUGGAGGUUCAGGGGGAGGUAAAGACAACAAUUGAGAUCUGUAUUUUUUUACUGGAGUAGGGAAUUUCUAGUGAAGAAAUUCCUUCUUUCAGUGCAGAUGUGCAACUAUUUUCCAGUUUAUAGUUAGAAAAGGUGUUUGAGUUCAUUAGGGUCACAGAGCUGUUAUGUGUCAGAGAUAGGACUUGAACCCUCAACCUUGAACUUUUUUUUUUUUUUUUUUGGAUGCUAGCCCUUUUCAAAUCAUCAAGAUUGUAGAGAUGACCGUGGCUUCUCCCAGACUAUGCUAGUAGAGUACAGGUUCUAACAAUUUGUUCCAACCUGAAAAGACUUCAGGUAUGGGCUCAGUGAGAGGCUUGCCAUGCUGUUAAAGGCCAUUCCAGCCAGAUUGAGAUGGGAAUUAUGUGGCCAUAGUGAAUCACAAAGCAGAUUGACAUAGAAAAUGGCUGUUCAGCCCAUGUGGCUGGCUCCUUUCUGCCUGUCUAGUCAGAUUAAUGGAAAGGGGGCAGAAAGUGCCAAGAAUCACAUAGUUCUUAGACUGUCUAUGCAUAAUAAUUUUACUAAACAAUUGUUUUAAUCUGCAAUCCCUGUCUAAUGACAAGGCAGUUGUUAGACUCCUGGAAGAAUGGAACCACAUCCAUAUUGACAUUCUCACUGGCAGAAAGGAGUUGCAUCUAAAUGAAAGAGGAACUUUUAAGUUAUCCUUGGAGAGUUCUGCAAGGGAGUUGACAGAUUUGACUUUAGCUUGCACCCAAAAGUAAUAAGAGAUGUAAUCUUAUGGAAUACUUAAGCUUCUUACUUUUAUAAUACUCAGAGUAAAUAUAAGCAAUCAGACCACCAUGAAAGUAAUGGCAGCUUAUGUCAACAUCUGUUGUAAAUAAUGAAGUAAGAGAGAAAUUUUAUAAAGAACUUGACAAGAUUCUCCACAUUUAGUCAAUGUCUGUCGAUUCUUGGUAACUUCUGUGCAAAAGUGAAUAUAGGGAAAGAUGAUUAAAAUUGCUAGAAAAUAUAAGUCAGACUCAAGAAGUGAGAGACCAACAAUCUAUAACUGAUCAGAAGCCUCUGUUUUUCUAUUUUAUGGAUAUUUUUUUAAAGAAGAGAGUUUAAAGAGAGAAGUUUUAAAGACGAGCUCAUGACAGACAUGAGCACUAAACAAGCUAGAAAAAUUAAAAUUGACUAUUCUUAAUGGACAGAAAGUGCCUAAUUACUUGUCAGUCACUUUAGAAUAGCUUGUCUAUGAAGGAACAAUAAUAUAAGCUAGUUAGAAAGUCAGAAUCAAUAACAAAUUUAAAAAAUAAUAAGUAUUAAAAGUUACAAUUCCAGUAGCUCCAACCUGAGUUGUUUAAACAGACUGUUGUCUGAAAAUAAAAAGGACAAUGGUAAAAACUGAAGACAUUUACUUUGUCACCACUUAUUGCAGAAGAUUAACUGAUGAAAAAAAUAGUCAUUGGAGUAAGGACAAAGGAACCCAGAAAUAGUUUCAGCCCGGAAAUACUUGAUCUCUUUGCUAAGUUGGGGUAAUAUGGCAACUAAAGGAAAUAUUUUAGUGUAAUGAACUCAUUUGUAAAACACUAUGGAGACAAUGAUGGAAGUUUACAAGUAUUGCUUGAAAAUAUGCCAAAAAUCACGAGAAGAGAAAGGAGCCCACAGGGAACAUGGCAUUAGACCCAGCUAUGUUUAAAAAGCAUUUGUUGAUGAAAAUGGAAGGAGAACAAGAAGUAGAUGUGGAUUUAGAGCUCCACCAGUGUUUCUGGUGGUUUCUGGGCUCAGUUUAUUCUCUUUAGUGACUGUGGGGAUGUCGCUGCGUUUGUGUUCUGCCUCCUUGGUGCUGCCUGUAGUAGUGGCACUGAGACCAGAGAAGAUCAGGUUGGGGAGAGCGGGUUACGGAGAUCACAUACCCAGAGGAAAGUUUGUAGGGUUGGCACUACAAUAUCCGUCUGCAAGAUCACAAGAUAUCUCAAAAGGGGAAACGUGCCAAAAGGAAUGGAAAAGCUUCCCAGGGUGACGGGUGGUCCUGCCACAAAAGAGAUUCAGCUGGCAGCUUCCAGUGUGCCCGAUGGUCUGGGCCUGAAUUGAGCAUUCUUUUGCAGAGAAAAUGAUUAAGAGGCAAGCCAUUUUGCAGACAUUUUUCAUCAUAUAUUAUCUGUUCACAGUUAGAAAAUUGACUCAGAUGUAGGAAAUGUAAAUUCCAUGGUGUUAGUUGUUUGUUACUCAUAAAAAUUUUUACUUUUUGAGCAAAUACAAUCUUAAAGAGCCUCCUCAAAUGAAUUUCUUUAUAUAUGUUAAGAUGUGGCAACAAAUAUAAUUUUGUCCACUGAUGUGCCUAAGUAUCAGUGUUAAAUGAGGCACAAAAUAGGGGGAGCCAAAUGCAUACAAAAGGCAUCAUGGAGUAAGUCCCCUACAAAUUCCCAUAAAAAACCUUAUACCUUUCAUUGGAAAUUCUCUCCAUUUUCCUUUUUGGUACUGACAUUGGACUGAUUGAAUGGAGCCCUGGGUCAUAAUAGAUCCUUUUCAGAGAGAUCUGUUUUUUACUCCAUGAUAUCAGCCUUACUAUCUCUUCUGGAAAAACAGUGAAAAAGGAACACAAAUUAUUUCUUUUGAUCAUACAUUUUGAUAAGUAGCUCAAAGGUAUAGAAGAUAUAGAACUGAAAAGGAGGAUUAAUUGGGCUGGUUUACAUAUAGAAAUUUUGCAAUGCUUUUAGUGAUCCCAAGAUAUUAAUAAAGCUCAUCUUUAAAUAUUAAUAUUCAUAUAGUAAUGCCAUAUGGCUUUGUCAUAAAACCCUAUGAUUUCAGAAGAAUAAAACUUAUUGGUGAGCAAAGGCCAACAAAAGAUGCAUUGUGUAUGUAAACAGAUUACAGCAUAUUACCAACAAUAAUAUAUAUAAGACUUGGUGAAAAAAAGACUAAGUACUCAUGCUAAAAAGAUGUGGGUCAGUCAUCUGGCAGAAAUGAAUGGCUAAGUAAUGCAUUGUUAUAAAUAAGGUUUUAAAAAGCUAUAGGAACAUGUGGGAUAGAUCCUUUAUGGAUGAUUUAUGGAAAGCCACAAACAAGAAUCUCAUAAUAAGAAGUUGUGAAUGAUAACUGUUAUCAUGAAGAAUUACAGUGAAUAUUCUAGAUCUAUUGAAUAUUAUUAUUCUCAAUUUGGGAGAACAGUUUACUUUUGGAUAUUGUAAUAUUGUAAUAUUCUACAUAAGGAAGUUUGAAAAGUUCAUCUACAACUUCUGAAUUAGAAAUUGAAUAGAAAGCUUAAUUUUUCUCAGUUUAACAAGGUUCCUAAAAUAGAUAAAGUACCUAGUAGAAGGAUUAGCUUAGACAUAGCUAAAUUAUAUAUAGAUAAUACACUUUUUUGGGUGUAUUCAGCUUUCAUUAGGUAACCAGUGCUUUUCUCAUAUUUACAUCUGAUGAUAAACUUUUAUUUAAUGUUGGAUGCUACAUCUUGGUUAAAAGCUAAAACCAAAAAAGCAGUACUUCAAAAGCCCUUAUUUUUAUACAUACAUACAUAUGUGUAUAUAAUAUACACACAUAUUUAUAUGUAUAUAUAUGAGUUGUUUAUAUAUAAAAUGUGUAAACACACACACACACACACAUAGAGAAAGCUCUGUCUAAGUGCUAAAGCUAGGUGAGGAGAGAAUUCAUUUUUUCUCCUUAUCGUCUACUGUAAAGUCCACAUGUUGUUUUCAGAUAUUCUUUCUGAGCACUAGUACUGAUCAUUUGAUGCUCAAUUUUUGUAUUUUUUCCCCUUGAUUUACCACUAUCUGUGGUCCUAUAAAUGAUCUCAUUUUGCUUCUAUGAGGCACAAAUAUUACAGAGUCAGAAUCUCAAAGGAUCAUGACUUUAUUAUAAUUUAACCAAAUUUUUUUUUGUCUUGAUAUGUAUUCCUAAUGGCAUUGAUUUUUUCUUAAAGAAUUGCAUACACUCCCUUUGGUAUUCUGGUGUUGAUAUCCAAUUAAUUACUUCUCUUUUUUCCUUUUCAUAUUACUUGAGGUGAUUACUAACUCCUGUUAGUAUUUUGAUUUUCAAAACCUGUAUGUAAAGUUAUGCAAUAUAGCUUGGCAGGAUUAGUUUUAAUUAGAAUUUAUACUACUCUAUCCUUUGUAGAUUAAUUCUGUGUUAUUUCUCACAUGUUAUAAUUCUUUCUCAGAAUUCUAUGUGGAUAAUAUUAUUAAUUCUGAUUUUUAUAAGUAAAGCAGCAUUUGGAGUCUCUGAUUCUUUGCUUCAUAGAAGCUUUUCUUUCAUAUCUUACUCAAGUCAAUUGUGCUCAUUUAUACCAUUUCCUCUCAUUUUGUUUCAUCAGUGAACGGUGACCUAUACAUUUAUAUCGAUCCCAUUCAGGAUAUGGAGUAGAACUCUAACCAUCUUCCUUAUCCUUGAUUGCAAAUUGCAUAUAGAUUCAUCUAAUCAUGGUUUACAUUUUUCCUGGUAUCAAACUCAGUUGAAAUAAUAAGGGUCAUUUAUUACCAUGUUCUAGCAGUAGAUGCAAUAAUAAAUUGUGAGAAUUUAGAUCCUUUUGUUCACCUGAAACUGUUAAAAUUUUUAGGCUCUACAGUAUAUUGAUUAGAAUUAUAUUUUACUAGCUUAUCUUUUUAAGUUCUAAGCUAUUUUUAUUUUUUCAUUUAUUUCUUCAAUAAAUAUUUAUUGAACACAAGAAAUUUGUGAGGCACUUUAUUAGGCACUGUGUGUAAUGCAGAAUUACAUGAGAGAUAGUCCCUGUCCUUUCUUGCACUCUUUCCACUUGCACUUUGUAAACUUCUGGCUUCUAAUUCUUUAAGAAGCUUUUGAUCACCAACUUAAAACUUUGUCCAUGUCUACAUUACAUAAAAUGAAGGGUAGAGUUAGUAAAUAACUGAUAAAGUUCAACGUGGUAGAUGGCCAGAUCAUUUAACUCAGAGAAAACUUAAAUUUAACAAAUAAUUGUUAUUCUCCUUGGGCACCUGGUUGGUUCCAGGGUAAUUGAAACUUUAUAUUCUGAAUGACCCGGAUCAAUUUGUAUAAUUUUGUGAAGUUAAUAGACAUUGCCCAUUUACUAAGUCAAAUAAGUCUCCAGCCAUUUCACUGUCUGAAAAUGAAGAGAAUUAUAAAGGGAAAAACUAGCUAAUAGAAAUAUCUUUGUUUUUGCCCACAGUAACCUAGAUGACUUGUGUAAUUUAUUGCUUGUUGUCUGUGUAUGCUUUGUCUGCCGUUAUUUGAUGUUGUUAUUGCCAAUAAUUUUGUAUAGCGAUAGAUUCUCCUGCCUCUUAAUCCUAGCAAUGUCACCUUAGAAUAUGCCCUGUGUUAAAGGUGCUGCAGAUGAUGUUAUGUAUAAUAGGGAGUAUUCAGAAAGCCUGAAUAGAAAAAAGAACAUGGGAUUCUCUUCUAUCAUAUACCAGCCUUAGGUGGUGUGUGUGUGUGUACACGCACACAUGUAUGUGCACAUAUGUGUAAACAUGUGCAUACACUUUUUUAAAAUUCCUUAACUUUGGUUUGUUUUUAUUCUGUGGUUCAGAAUUUAUUUUCUGCAAAUUACAGAAUGGUAAUGACACAUUAUUGUUUAUGUGAGACUAAGAUUCUGUAACAGUAGAAAAAGAUAUUUGAGUUAUUGGAAGGCUGAAGAUCAGGAAGAUAAAAAUAUUCAGACAAAAGUUUGAUUCUAAUCACUGGUAAAUAUUAAUAAGAAAGAAGAAAUAAAUGUUUUUGUUACUGUGAGUUGAUUUACAUGUAUUUUUAAAACUUCAGAUUUUUCAUCUUGUUCUCUAAAAUAUAUCAUCUGAGUUUUGUAAGAAUAAUACAUUUUUGGGGUGCUGCUUAUGGCAAACAGGAUAUUAUUUUUAAAUUUUCCCCUCCUUAGUCUAUAAUUAUUUUUUUCCUUUUCUUAAUUUCAAGAAUAAUCCAUGGCUUCAAAAAUGUUACUUAAUGACUAGGUGUCUUGUCAGCUAAAUGAAGAAAUCCUGAUGGUAGGAAAUUGAUUUGUUGCUUUUCUUAUGCAUAUCUAUUUCCUUGAAUCAGGCCCUGUAAUUUCUAUUACUAAUAUUUCUUCACCAUGACUAUUAGUUAUUUGAGCAAACACAUACCUACAGGAUUUCUUUGCAAGUAACAUUUAAUAAUUUGUCAGAACAGAUGGUGAAGUAAUACAAGUCUUCUGCAUUGUUGCCAUGAGUCCCAAAGCAAUUCAUUCCUCCAACAGCCAUGUAGUUUGCCUAUUGCUUCAGACCUCCAAAAUAAUCUGAAGUGACUACAUAUGGCUCCUUACAAAUACAUGAACUUUUGCACAUUUUAUAUCCAAAUUCUACCUCAGUUAAACUAGGUCUAAAUUUAAGGGAUAAUGAUGGAAUAAAUGUAGAACACAGAAUAUUGAAUGUCUAAGAUAAAUAUAGCACCAUAUAUGCAGAUUUAUUUCCAUAGGGUCUUCCCCUUUCCGUUGUGCUCCAAUUGAUUUUUUUUUAAAGAAAAUCCAGAUUGUCCCAUUUACCUUGGGUUCUACCUUUCCUUCCAGCUGAUAGGCUCAGAGACUACAUUUAAGCCUAUAUAGAAUGUCAGCAAUAACCUGGCCUCCUUUCUUGGAGGUACAGCUCAUUUUAGUUAGUCUGAGACUCUAUGUAGGAACAGUUCAGAGACAGGUAUAUGUAUAUAUGUAUAUCUGUAGUACUAAUUAUCAUGUCUCCUCUGCUCAGACUCAUUCAUGGUGCAACGGUUGGAGGCAGCCUUCCAUUAACAUUGUGAUGUGUUCUGUGAUGGGGCAGUUGUAGUCUAUUGACAUAAUCUGUUAGUGUAUUUCCAAGAAUUUUUGUUUCAGUGUUUGUCUCUCAGUAUUUUGUACCUAAUUUAAAGGAAAAGACAUCUCCAAAUUGUAUUUAUUAAAUGUCUUUCCUAAUAUUUGUAUGCUGCUACUUUGCUAGUCUCAUGAGUUUUGUUGUGUUUGCAUUCAGGUUGUAUUUUGAUAAUAAAUUUCUAGAGUGUU